CGCGUGUGUGUGUGUGUGUGUGUGUGCGCGCGCGCGUGUGUGUGUGUGUCUGUGCGCAUGUGUGUCUGUGUGUGUGUUUAUUCAUUCUGGCCAGGUACCGGCGUCUCUCCUCGCUAAGGAUUAUCAGUCCGGCGCAUUGCGAGCGGCUGCCAGUGUCGGAGCCCCGGCAGUCUUCUCAUAUCAAACGGCUCUUCGCGAAGCCCGAUCGCCGACUCUUCGGAUUAAGCGCCCAGUCGCUGGCGGCAGCCCUCGGAGCCGCUUUCUUACAUUUUUAAUUUCUUUUUUUUCUUUUCUUCUUUUUGUUGCAUGUGUGGAUACAUGGUAACCGACUGCGGGAUAAAAUACAAGGGGCAGGAUCAAGCGGGCUAUAGUUGAUCUAAAAACGCACGAUCACGGUGGACUAAGGUGUGAUUUACCAAGGGAAAGGGUAUAAAUAUCUGGAACUACUGCAACCUGUUUCGAUUUUAAGGUUUAAAUCUACAAGCUGUGUGGAGGAAAAAAAAAUAAGUAAGUGGAUCGGAGUCGGCAGAUAAAGCGUGUCUGCAGUACAGAGCUGAGCUGUCAAAGCUGCAGCGACGCAGGACGGAGAAUUACGGCUCCCCGGCAGGAGAACCGUACGCAUCUGCUAGGUUUAACGCAUUUAGUCUGCGGGAGAUCUGUGUAUGAAGAGCCCCGGUCAUCGUGCCUAUUUCCCCCUAAGUCUAAUGGCUUUUGUGUUUUUAUCUUGACGUCCUAGACGCCAUGCACUGAAUUCAUGCGAUUUCAAAUCGCCAUUCUUGUGGGGCUGCAGUAGGUGGAGAGUAUCCGCUUUCCCCUCUUCAUUUAUAAGACCAGCCUUAUUUUUUAUUAUUAUUUUUUUCUGUCUGCAUACCGAUUGGAAUAAUAAUGGCCACGCUACUCCGCAAAAUCGGUCUCAUCCGCCUGCACGACCGAGACACGGAGGACCCGAAGCACCACCACCAGGGCUCCUUCAAGGGCACCAAGGGGAACCAGAAGAACAACAUGAAGCACUGCAACACGAGCAGCGAAAGCAACAUCCUCAACACGCCCGAAAUAAAGGCAAAGCGAUCGGAGCAGCCGAGCAAGGACACGUCGGGGAAGCAAGGCAAGGACGUGAAGGAGAAACAAGCGGGGGGCGGUAAGAGCUCCGGCGGCUCGCUGCCACCGCUGGCGCCGCACCGGCAGCACUGCACCCAGGUCCGGACCAGGAGGCUGAUGAAGGAACUGCAGGAGAUCAAGCGGUUGGGGGACAACUUCAUCACGGUGGAGCUGGCCGAUGACAACCUAUUUGACUGGAAUGUGAAGCUGCACCAGGUGGACAAGGAUUCUGCCCUGUGGCAGGACAUGAAGGAGACCAACACCGAGUUCAUCCUGCUCAACGUAUCUUUCCCCGACAAUUUCCCUUUCUCGCCGCCCUUCAUGCGGGUGCUCACACCUAGGCUGGAGAACGGCUACGUCCUGGAUGGAGGAGCCAUCUGCAUGGAACUGUUAACACCCCGCGGCUGGUCCAGCGCCUACACGGUAGAGGCGGUAAUGAGGCAGUUCGCGGCGAGCCUGGUUAAGGGACAGGGCCGGAUCUGCAGGAAAGCGGGGAAGUGCAAGAAAGCCUUCAGUCGCAAGGAAGCUGAGGCCACCUUCAAGAGCCUGGUGAAGACCCACGAGAAGUACGGCUGGGUGUCGCCACCGGUGUCCGACGGUUGAGGGCGCCGCCCACCCUCCCUGCCAAACUUUUUGUUCAAAAAAACAACGAAAAAAAAAAACCAACAGCUAGCAUCCCGCCGUCGAAGCCCUUCACCCCCCAUCCUGUUCCUCUGCGUAUCUUCAUCGCGAUGUCAUGAAGAAUGUGGUUGACAUUUAUCUUAUUCAUGAUCGGGUGUGUUUACAGCUAAAUGUCGCCUUUCGUGGAUUGUUUUAAAACUGGAUCUGACCCCCCCUCUCCCGCCACACCCCCCACCGCGCCUCGGAAAGCUGUGCCGAUGUCGAGAUGGCCCCCACCUCCCAGUUUUUGCCUCCCACCAUAGCCACUUUGUUACUGCGUGUGACUGCGAUCCCAUGUGCGUGACUGCAAGCGUGUGCAUGUGUGAGUGUGCGUGUGUGUGCGCGCGUGCCCCCCCCCCACAGACACCUCGCCACACUGAAUUGCAUCACACUUUCCAUCCCCCGCUGCCCCUCUCAUUUACAUGCAAAUGAACCCGUUAAUAUUUAAUAGAUGGGCAGUACAUUUGAGGUUCUCCUUUGCUGUGCUGUUUUUCACAGUUCAAUGCAACUUGAAGAUUGUAAUUUAUGUGGAGCUGCGCUCUCUCGUUCGUUCUCUCUAUCUCUCCUUUCUCUCUCUCUCGCUCUCCUCAACCUCUCUCACUUUCGGCUAAAUUUAGACAUCACUGUGCUGUGUAGAUGGUCAUUGAUUUCCAAUGGGAAAAGGUUGCUUAUGCUAAGGUCCUGUAGCGAUUAAAAAAAACACAAAAAACCCACAAGAAAAGCAGCUAAGAGACGAUCACAACGACCCUGAAGUCCUUGUCUAUGUUAUCAAUGUUUUUGGAGAGGAAGAAGCCUGAAUUGUGCUUAUUUAGAUACCAGAUGGUAAUGGAAGCUUUUGGACGGGGUCCGGGUUGGCAGGCCGGAUGGAUGUAUUCGAUGCAUCCCUCACCUGCGAGGUUGCCCCCGUAAGACAUAUCAGAAGCUCUCAUUGUCCCGUAAGACCAGUAGGUCAGGUGUCUCGACGAUCCGUCUGUUAUUAUGCGAUUUAAGAGCAGCUCUCUGAUAACUGGGCUUAAUUAAGAUCUCGACGCGCACGCUGUGUGUGCCCUGCAGAUGGCGCAGUGAUGCCAGACACCAUGUGACAUUUCCAGAGAAGCGGACUCUGCCUGUCUGUCUGCGUCUCUGCCUGUCUGUCUGCCUGCCUGUCUGUCCAUCUGUCUGCCUGUGCGUCUGUGUCAUACCACGGUGUUUUUUGCUGGAAGGACUCGUCAAUUCCCCUGUUGUCUUACUGAUUUGCGGCUAUAACCUGGGGGGGUCAUUGGCAGUUACGGGUGCAGACCAAGACGUCCAUCUUUCCUCAUUGUGAAUGAGAUCUUUCUCUCGUCCUUCCUCGUCCUUCCGGGCAUGCCCAGUCUGCCCUUCUCCCUUCUCCCAUGUCUAUGUCCCCCAGUUCUUCUUAGCAUGACAACUAAGUCGACCAGCACCCCCCCCCCCCCAAUCUUUUAUUAUGAUUGACCGGAUCACCGUCAAACUGGACCCCUCUCCCCUAUCCCAGGCUCCUUAAUGCAUCUGGAUUGCAUUACAAGAUGACUUCAGCAAGAUUUAUGUACACAUUGUGUGACGAAGAGCCAGGUUUGCUUUUCUGAAGGGGGGGGGGAACUGAAAUCCACUAAAGGAGCCCUGAACACGACCAGGCAGCCUCACAUUUGUGCAAAAGACACAGUUUUUAACCAUCAGCAGCAAUAUAAGUCAUGAGGAAAAAACGUUAAUCUGUAGUUUGUAGUAGCCUUUGCAUGGACACAUUUGUAUAAUGGCAAUCAUUGUAUUGUAACAUUCAUGCCAAAUAUGGUAGGAGUUACGGGAUCAGACAGUCAGGCAUCUCACAGCAUCUGGUAUCUAAACACGGGCCAAGACCUUCUGCAAGCCCAGGUCAAGAAGAUGGUGUUGUUGUUUUUUUACAAGGACCUUAGCUUUGACAUGAAGAAUUACAGUGAAUACGUAUAUAAGAUAACUGGGUGUUUUCUGGUUUAGGGACAUAAUUUCGUGAUAGACUUUAGAGUGAUAGUUCGCCGAAAAAAAAAAAAAUAAUAACACUAACUAACUGUCCAGAACAUGUGUAAUGAUUCCGCUACGUUAUAGCUGCAUGUGAUCGUGAUCGUUAGCUAGUUAGCUCUCAUUUUUCAAAAAAAAAGGAACAAAAAAAGAAAAAAACUGAACCCGCUUCUUCUGUUGCUCUUCCUUCUUCGUCCUCGUUUUAUUUAACGUCUUCGAAUGUCACGUUGUGUUAUAAAUGAAUGUGUUUUAAUUUAUUUGUAGUUUGCAAAUUUGAAGCUGAGCUGAAGCAUGUUUGAGGUUUUGCCACAUAAAACAGUAAAGGACACGUACCCGAAUCCAGCCAGGCGGGGGCCUCGCUGAGCAACGGGCCACGGGACCGAGCAAAAACCAAACAGGAGUGUGCAAUAAAGACCUGAAUGUUUCAAACCCUGUACAA